GAGUCUCAGUAAUAUUCCGGUCUUCCCGACUUGUUCUCAAGUCAUAUAGUUGUUUGUUUAUCAAGUUUAUUAUAUACUCAAUAUUUUUUUACUCAUUAAUAAAGUUACAUCAGAAGAGAUCUUUUUCUAUAAAAUAUAAAAUUAUUUAACAUCAUUUAACACUGUGGCAGUGUUGCUCGUGGGACCGACCUAUCACUUAGCUAAAUAACGCAAAGAUGAAAUGGCUUUUAUUCUAAUGCAUCCUUAGCGUAAAUGGCACUGGUUUUAACGUAAUUGUUUAUAGCUUUAAGAGAUAAGUAUUCGAGGGUCUAGUGAAGGGACAUGAAUAGUGAGACUAGUGAACGGAGACUCCUCCGCGACCGCAUCUCUUGUUUAUUGGUUGACGAACGGCCACACUAGCAUGGCUGAAGCAGCGAUUCCGGAGGGCGCAGUUGUACUGACUAAAGAGCAAGAGGAAAAUUUCAUACAAGAUAAUCUCCAGUAUAUUGACGUAUUCCUGAAUGACUUGAAGCAACGUGAAGAGCAACUGCCGAGCACGAGCAGAGCAAGAAUUGAGGAAUUUAAGGCCAGUUGGGGAGUUGACUUCGAGAAGGCUGUUCCAGACUCUAAUGUGGGGAUUCAGCCGGAUUCUGCUCUGCAAUCCACUGGUGCCUUACCUGAACGUAAGGAAAUACCGAAGUCGUUUCGGUGCGAGACCAUCGGAGGAACCGUCCUCGCUGUGAUGGAUUACUUGUUCGGCGUAUACGUACUUUGGUUCUACGGCAAGAUCCAGAGCGAUCACUCCCACUGCCCGUGGGCUCACUACAUUAGAGACUGCAAGCUCUACUUAUUUCAAACAAAUCACAGCCUCCGCACUAAAAUUGGCCUAACGGAGGGUAUCGUAAGCAUCAUCUUCUCAACCUUGCUGCUCAUUGUCUUCUUGAAACGACUACCGAAACUUGCAUGGAGCUGGCUGGUCAAAUCGGUGACCAUCUGCCUUAUGAACGCUUACUUCAUAGGCGCCUGGUUGAGGGAACGACGUCGUGACCACGCGCAUUGGGACUCUGACGAGUACAAGAUGGGGACGCUCUUCAUCACAGGCGGGGCCAUCGAGGUCGCCGUCCAGCUAGCGAUAUCCAUCGUUCUUUUUUGCUUCGUCUGCUCUUUAUCCAUAAAGAUUCGUGGCAAUGUAAAUGCGGAAGAGACGGCAGAAACUGAAAUGCUUCGAGUUGAAUGCAAGAGCUGAUGAAAGAUUAAUUUUUACUUGCAUCAUGCCAAGACUGUCAACGUCGUUUAGAUGAGCUCCUCAACACUCUCAGGCCGAUAUUUUUCUCCAAUUUUUCUUGUGAUUCCCAAACCUAAUGAACCUAAUCUGUUCUAAAUAAUAAAAAAGCAUAAGACAAGUAGCAAGACUAUAAGUGACCGCUUGGUUGGAAUUGAACUUGGAUGAAGAACUUAUUGAGUACCUAAAGUAACCAGCUUGUGCCUUAAGUCCCUCUCUAUUUCUACGGUCUGAAUUGUUUGUGAACUUGCUUUUCACUCCGAAUAUGUACAGUUUCAUUUUGCUCUGAGUUCAUGUGUACACGAAUGAAAACAAAGCUUACAUUUCAAUAAUGGUCUAGCUUACCGUAUCGCUCGAGAAGUUACACUGAGCCCUAUCCUAUGGAGAAGAUCCUGGCCAUUGCACGAAGUUACUAUAACGCAGUGGCUCUCAAACUUCUUUGAUCCUUCUCCGUAUAGUACAAAUGGGAUUUUCAUCCCGUUAGUUUCACGCCACAAAACAGUGCAAAAUUGCAUUUCUUCACCACAUUGAAGUCACUACUGAAGCUGUUGCAUUUAAAUCCUCUGCGGAUACAUUAUCAGUCGUUAGUGUUAUUUAUUAAAAAAAACAUGAUUGCUAGAGUUAGUAUGAGCAAAUGAAGAAGUGGAACACACCGAAACUAAUGACUACAAGCAAUACAAAGUUGAAGAAGAGAAAACAACGAUGCAGUUUCACUUUCAUCACUCGAAAUGACAAAAAAGUAUGAAAGCAAAAUGUCAAAAUUAAUGUAGUCGCAUAAUAUAAUUGAAACCAU